GGCGUCCCGCUGUCUCUACGCGGAGGCGGAGUGCCGGGGGCUGGGCGCUGCGCGCUGAUCCCACCCCUCGCUCUCCCAGUUACCAAGCGCCGCUGCCUGGUGCGGCUGGUUCCGCAGCUCGCUCGCUCGCUCGCUGCCGGGGGAGCAGCGGUGCCGGGGCAGCUGCAGGGGUGCGCGGGCGGCGGACCCAACACUGCCGCCGCCAGAGAAGCGGAGCCGGGCGCUGCCCCGAGCUGCGAGAGCGCUCCCCGGGACCGGGGCACUGCGCGCCGCGGAGCCCUGCGGGUCUCCGCCCAGAGGAGCCGCUGCCUGGCCGGGGCGGCGGCGGCGGCGAUGCCCGCUCGCUGAUCCCCGAGCCCGGCGGGCAAGGCUCCCCCCUGCCCCGGCGCGGCUCUCCGGUGAUGCCCCAGCAGCUCCCCGCGGCGGCCCCAGCAGCUCGGUGAGGAGCCCGGGGCCCCACCUCCCGGAGGGCAGCGGCACAGCUAUUGUCUGGAGUUUUUACUACCGGAGUCCAUGGCGUAUACAUUAAGCCCCUCCCCUGCUGGGCCUAUCGGGACCCAGUACUGUGUUUGCAAAGUCGAAUUAUCCGUGUGCGGCCAAAACCUUCUGGACAGGGAUGUGACCUCCAAAUCUGACCCGUUUUGUGUCUUAUUCAUAGAAGUCAAUGGCAAAUGGACAGAGAUCGACAGGACAGAGACGGCCGUGAAUAACCUCAACCCAGCCUUCUCCAAGAAGUUCGUCGUCGAUUACCACUUUGAAGAAGUGCAGAAGCUGAAGUUUGCUCUCUUUGACCAGGACAAGUCGAGCAUGCAGCUGUAUGAGCAUGACUUCCUGGGAGAAUUCUCCUGCACCCUGGGCACGAUUGUCUCAAGCAAGAAGAUAACAAGAACGCUACUUCUGGGAAAUGGGAAGCCGGCUGGAAAGGGGAUGAUAACGAUAGCUGCCCAAGAGCUGUCAGAUAACAGAGUGAUCACUCUGAGCAUGGCUGGCAGAAAACUGGAUAAAAAGGACCUGUUUGGAAAGUCAGAUCCAUUUCUAGAGUUUUAUAAACCAGGCGACGAUGGGAAAUGGAUGCUGGUCCACAGAACGGAGGUGAUUAAGUACACGUUGGAUCCCGUGUGGAAGCCGUUCACUGUGCCUUUAGUGUCGCUGUGUGAUGGAGAUGUAGAAAAGCUGAUCAAGGUCAUGUGUUAUGAUUACGACAGUGAUGGGGGACACGACUUCAUUGGGGAGUUCGAGACCACUGUAGCCAAGAUGUGUGAAGCCCAAGAUACCUUGCCGUCCUUCUCCCUGAAGGUUGGCCUCUCACUCCUGCCCAUGCCUACAUCUACAGAUAGCCCCUGUACCCUACGCAGUUUGACGUGCUCCUGUUAGUUGGCUCUGUGGUGCCCCUUGUGGAGAUGACACAAUACAGCAGAGAAGAAGGAUGUUCUUGUGGUUAAAGUUGGGCCUUCCUGGCUCUGCUACAGAUUCCCUGCGUGAGCUUGGGCAAGUCAUUUAAUUUCUCUGUGCCUCCAAACCCCAUCUGUACAAUGGGAAUAAUAACACUCCUAUCCCGUAGAUUGCUAGGCAUAUAAGUUAGGGACUGUCUUUUACUUACAUGCAUGUACACCGCCUCGGAGAAUAACACCCUGAUCUUGGCGAGAGCCUCUAGGCGCUACACAAUAACUGUUCAAGAAGACGGUGUAACAGGUAGAUACUGACAUUCCCAGAUCUCCUGCGUUUGUCACACCUUUAUUGUACAUAUGCCUGGGAAGAGGGGAGGUUUAUGGAGAAAGGGGGUGGCUGGGGCACGUCUCUGUAACAGCUUAUAAAUAGAACAAGUGCACACAUUGGUUUACCCUGUGACUAAUCAACCUCUGCCUUCCCACAGCUUGGACUCUCGGCUGUUUCCCGCUUUCUGCUCUGUCUAGUACCCAGUGCUCCUAAUACAAUUACUUGCUGUGAAUAACCCAG